UUAAAAUGAAAAAUAACAAGAAGAAAGCCACAUCCAAUAAGAAAAAUCGGCGCAAACAGAAGCAGCCAAAGGAGAACAUUGUAGAUGAUAAUGCAAAUGAGAUAAAACUUGCCGAAGACAAAUCUGGCUUUGACCGUGAUUAUCGUAAAGUUCUCCAUGAUAUCAAUAAUGUGAUUAUUGACAUGAAUGCCAGUCUGCCUGAAAGAGUGAACGAAACGAGCAACCAGCUGGACAAGGAGAAUAUUGAGAGUGUGCCACAGCCACCACAGACUAAGACACUGCAGCCCCUAGAGCUGUUUCUGGAGUCCAUAGAUUCCUCGGAGACCCAACUAAAGGUAGAGUCCCCACAUAGCCCCAACGAGCACUUGCCGACACAUAAUACACAAUUAAUCGAAGAUGUCAAAGACUUCUACGAUGGCAACUCCAUUAUCAUAAGUCUCACUGACGAAGGUGUCUAUUUCGAAGCCAUUGAGGAUGAGGCAAUUUUGAAGGAGUACGAACAGACGUUCUAUGCCACAUUGAAGAUCGUUGGCGAUGUGCCCAACAAACACAAGUAUGAAAUCUUUUUGCUGCUGUAUCCCAUGAUGGCCAUGGCCUACAUGCAAAUGAUAUUCAGUCACCAGGUGGAGCGAGCCACUGGCUUUCUGGAGCAGGCGGCCAAGCAUCUGGACGGGUCGUACAAUCGACGCAUUGAGAAGCUGCGGCGCAUACGCUCGUACGAUCAGCUGCCGGAAAGGGCACUGGAGCUGCUUGCCAGUGUGGACAAGGUGGAGAUGGCCAUGGCCCAUCCGACAUAUUGUUUGUACAUUCAUUGCGUGGCAGAGUGGACGCUGGGGCAGCAGGCGAAGUUGCUUGACCAUUUUGCCAUCCGCAACUACAACGAGGAUAUGCCGGUCAAGGAGUGGAAAUUGUCGGGGCAGCCACAACUGGAGAGCCUCGAGCACAGUAAGGUGCCCAUGUCACGCCACUCUCCACUUGAUCGCAGCCAGCAGCCGAAGAUAUUUAUGUUUGAAACGAGGCAGCGCUUCUCGAAGGCUCUGUGCACCACCAUAUCGAACGAUCUGUCGAUGGUGGCAGUGGGCACAAGCCACAACUAUGUCCAGAUCUGCAUAGGCAUAGAUCCGAUGAGGCUGAAAACUGCUCACUGGAGGAGCGACUUGGUACUCCACCGCCACGACGGCCCAGUGACAUCGAUUGCCUUUGCGCCCUCCGAUCGAUUUAUGCUCAGCUGCUCGCAGGACUUGACCAUGCGUCUGUGGUGCGUCCACUCGUGGAAUUGUCUGUCCACAUACACGGAUCAUCUGUGCACUUACGUGACAUUUGCCCCACGUGGCUUCACCUUUGCCACCGCCUCGAACGAUGGCAUUGCACGUGUCUGGGGCGAGAACAGGCAGCCCAUGCUCGAGUGCAAGGGGCAUUUGGCUGACAUGAAGGUCUGCGUGUUCCAUGAGAGCGGACAUUAUCUGGCCACAGGAUCCGAUGACUGCACUGUGCGCAUUUGGCACCUGUACAGGAGCGGCCAGGUGCGCGUCUUUCGUGGCCACAGGGACAGCAUCACCGCUCUGGCAUACUCCAAGUGCGGCGCCUACUUGAUAUCUGGGUCCCACGAUGCUCGCAUCAUUGUCUGGGACGCGAUCAUUGGACGUUCGCUGCGCAAGCUCGAAUUUCACACAUCGCCCAUUUGUGCCAUGGCCGUUGACACGGACAACAAUACGCUGGCUGUGAGCGGUCAUAAUAAAUUGAGUUGCUGGGACUUGCAGCUGCUCGUCAGCACCGUCUGUGAGGAUGAGGCUGAGGAGGACGAAGUUGGCACAUUUAGUGAACCGACCACCAAGGAACUUCUCCACAGUUCAUAUGACUAUUUGGAGUCGCCCAUUAGCUGCCUUGCCUUUAUUGGCCCACAGUUUCUUUUGGCCGUUGUCGGAGAUCCAACAGCAAAGGACAAAACGGACAAUCCGAAAAUCGAAGACAACGCUUCGGUGGCCGAGGAAUCUGACAAGGAUGAGGGCAUUGGAGCUGGCGCAGCUCCCUCCUAACUGGAGGCAUUUUGAACACAAAAAAAAAGCGUUCUUCAU